AUGGUGAGCAAGGAUCCAGACCGGAGACCAAACGUGCCGGAUCUUUUAGCGGACCCUUCUGUAAAACGCUACAGCUGGGUCAACUUUUUCAAGGACUGGCGGGAGUACUUGCGAAGUAAAGGGAGUUCUGUGAUCAGCACAUUUUGGGGAGGAGCAGGAGAUCAGAAUGCCAGUGUUGAAGGUGAGGAUAUCUUCAAAGAUAUGGAGGAGUUGGAUGAUGAGGAUGACUGGGAAGAUGAAGCACAUCAAAUAAUGCUCGAGUCCCCCCGAUUGUGGCCUGGUUCCCCAGGAUUGUCUCCUGUUCCCUCUGCUCCUCGCAGUGCGCUCAGAUUCUCCGAUAAGUUCGAAUCUAGCACUCCCAACAAGUCUCUCUUCAAUAACUUAAAUGACUCAGACUCUGAUUUGGACUCCGGAAUGCUGGAUCGACCUUCCAUUCUUAAGAGGAAUUUAUUGGAUAUACACGAAGAUGCAAACGGCGAGAUAUAUGUUGACGGAAUUUCGACACAAACAGUCGCCAACAGCCAGGAAGUUCUCAACUGUUUAAAACAGGGGGCUUUGUGCCGAACUACCGCCAGUACUGAGAUGAACGCAGUCUCGUCAAGGUCACACGCCAUGUUUUAUCUAAAAAUACAUCAAACCAGAGUUGCUAAAGUCGAAACUGUGGAGGGCGAAGAAGCUCCGCCACAAGAGUUUGAGAAUCUGACCGCUAAGUUGGUGUUUGUUGAUUUGGCUGGAUCAGAAAGGUUAAAACGAACGGGUGCUACCGGAGACAGAGCUAAAGAGGGUAUCUCAAUCAACGGGGGACUGCUAGCACUUGGUAACGUGAUCUCAGCGCUGGGCGACGAGAAGCGGAAAGUAUCACACGUGCCGUACCGAGACAGCAAGCUGACACGUCUGUUACAAGACAGCCUGGGUGGAAACUCCCAGACUCUAAUGGUGGCGUGUGUUAGCCCGGCUGAUAGGGACUUCAUGGAGACUCUUAACACUCUGAAGUACGCUAACAGAGCCAAGAAUAUAAAGAAUAAGGUGGUAGUAAACCAAGACAAGACCAGCAGAAUCAUCAAUACUUUAAGAGAAGAGAACGUGAGAUUACAGCAGGAACUGAUGGAAUACAAGAUGGGACAGAGGACUGGUGAAGAAGGAAACCAUUCCGACCUGUUCACGGAGAACACGAUGUUGCGUGCUGAGAACGAUAAGCUCCGUCUCCGCAUCAAGUCCAUGGCAGAGGCACAGGAUAGCAAGAAUGAGGCUAUCGCUGAGCUUCGUGCCAAGGCCCUCUGUGCUGACUUCGCAGCAUCAGGAGAAACAGAUAUGACAGAGAUGGUACAAGGGUACAUCAAAGAGAUCGAGAAUCUGCGCUCGCAGCUCCUUGAACAGGAAAGCGCUGCGAACUACCGCAGUCCCCGCUUAAGGACCGCGCCUCCAAACAGGAUGUCUAUGGGUGGUGGUAACUUAAACAGUGCAACCAUGAUGAACGAUAGUAUUGAUGAAGUGAUCAAGGAGGCAAAGUUCGAUCUGGAGAAAACUAUGGCAAAGAGGUCAAAAUUAGAGCACAUAAAAGAUCUAGAAGUGACCAAAUUGGAAGAAAACAAGGAAAACAUUAUCGAAGCUGAUGAUGAUAGCGAGGAGGAAAUGGACUGUGAAAAUAACUUUAUAGAAAUAGAUGAAGAUGAUGAGAUGGAACGAGGCGAAGAAAAAGAAGAAAAUGAAGAAAAGGACUCUGAGGAAGACGAAGAUGAGAAGGCAAGGGACGAGAACAUUACCUGCAUGGAAGAAAACCUCGCAGAUCUUGCCGAGGAAAUCUCGAUCAAGCAGAAGCUGGUGGAAGAGCUGGAAAAGAGCCAGAAGAAGAUUCUAGCAAUGAAGCAACAGUAUGAGGAGAAGCUGAAUCUACUGAAUAAUCAAAUACAAGUCACUAGUGAUGAGCGAGAUAAGGUCAUGGACAGUCUCAAGAAGAAGGGAGAUGGAAAAAAUAACAAGGAUGAAAUCAGAGCGAAAUCCGAUCAUUAUACCAAGAAGUUAAAGAAUAUGGAACAGGAAAUGAAGAGGUUGAAAUCCGCGCAACGUGAGCAUGACAGAUUAGCCAAGACAAAUAAGGACAAUGAGAAACAUCUGAAACACAUGCAGACCGAGCUGACACAAAUGAAGAAGAACAAGGUGAAACUGAUGAGACAGUUGAAGGAGGACACAGCCAGGAACAAGAAACUCGAACUGAAGAAACAACAAGAAAUCAUCAAAUUACAGAGAGACAAGCAGAAACAGGUUACGACCAUCAAGAAAUUACAGAUGGAACAGAAAACCAAAGAAAUGGUCCUUAAACGAAAGCAAGAGGAAAUCAAGAUGAUGAAAAAGCAGAAGAACGCGAUGUCUAUAAAGAAGAAGAACGCCCGCCGAGCAGCACCCAGAACUAUGCUCCAGCAACCUAACUUAGCAGAGUCCGCCGAAGAACGUCACAACAGACGAUUAUCAUCCCAGUACUCUUCCUUCUCCGCAAGACAAAGGUGGAACCAGUUGGAGAAAAGGAUUUGUCAGAAUAUUAUCCGGAAGCACACAGUCGCACAGAUGGAGGCUGAUAUGGACAGGUUGGUGAAGGACAGGGAAAAGCUGGAGAAGGAUCUGGAUCGGUUCAUCAAGAAUAAGGACAAACACUUAAAGGAGAAACAACCUAACACUGAAGUAUUGCAAGAGUUAGACGAGAACAUAGAGGGACUGAGUGCCCAGGUGGAGUAUUUGCAGGAUAAUAUAAACGAACAUCAGAACGACAUUGUGCAGAUGAUGGACGGAAGAGAGAGUGGUGACACUAUAGACCUUCAGGAUAUCAUCGACAGUAGCUCGUUAUCCGACUGCAAAUACCUUCUGGAACAUUUCCUCACUUUCACGACCAACAAAGGUCUGGCUGUAGCACAGAGUAACGCUAAAGUAAAGGAGAUAGAGGGGACAGUAAAGUCUUUAAAACAGGCUCUGGAGGAGACAGAACAGAAACUUGUGGAUCAGUAUAACAGGGAGAAGUUAUUGGAGGAACAAGCCAAUAAUAGUAGAGAAAUCGACGAUCUAGUGGAUGCACAGUUCUCUAACGCCUCUAUGUUCCAGACACCCUCUAAAACCUACUCCAUGUUAUGUGGCACUUCCGGGAGGAAGUUCUUCCCUCAACCCUCCUCGACGCGGACGAUAAUUGAGCAGCUGCAAUACCUAGUAAUUAUAUUCGCUCUUUGGGUUUGUCAAGUUGAGACUGUGACCCUGUCAAAUGGAGACAAAGUUCUUUUCGUUGAGAAAGACAAGUCGUCACCCCCAGUCACCGACACACGGCUAGCAGCUGUGUUGGAGGAGAAACCCCACAACCGCCGCCGGACUGGCACUCCAACAGAACUGAGCUCCGGAUCUAACGGAUCUCUACCGGACAUGGUCUCUCCGGCAACUCCAGUCACCAGUGCAGACAGACGACUCAAACGAAAAGCGAUAGUCUCAACCAAACGUUAUCUGAAAAAACACGUAGACUCGAGCCCUACUCCCUCCCGUGGAGGAGCCCAUGUGAUCGUGACGUCAUCAGACGGAUCACGUGACUUGGUCAAGUCAUCACGAGUACAGACCUUGCGGAAUGAGCUAUCCCCAACAAACUCGCCGAAUAUUGAACGACGUUCUAGUUCUCUCAGAGAUUCGCUGAGGAGAAAGAACGAAGGGUCUCCCGCGGCUACAGCUGAGAAUGUGUUUGAUAGACUACACAGUCACCCUGACGAACCACACCCUGAGGGUCAGAUAGUUCCCUUAUCUCCCCCCACUACUGAUUCUGAGCGCAUAACUUGUGUCAGUAUGGCUAAAGGGCACACGCACAGCGUACAGUCAGUGUCAGUCCAUGGGAAGAUAAUGGUUACUGGAAGCAGUGAUCGUACUAUACGAGUCUGGGAUUUAACGGACAACAAAGAGGCGCAACGAGCAGUUUUCCCGGACCAAGUAAAGAAAGUCGUCUUCAACCAGGAGCAAUCAGUCGUCUUCGCCCUUACCAGCCAGGCCCUCAAAGCUUGGGAUAUCAGAACAGACCCUUCGACUUGCAGGUCGACAACCUUAGCAGAGUUCCCCUCCGCCCUGCUGUAUCCAGCUGGCUCAGAGUUCAUCUACUUUAGUACUGGCAUCUCAGUAAGGAGCUGGAACGUCAAACAGUGGACUGCUGCUGGUGUUUUACACGGACAUAGUGGACACGUGAUGUGUCUUGAACACGUGGCUAUAAACGAUAAGAAGUACAUUAUCACAGGGUCACGGGACCACUUUUGCAAGAUCUACGAUGCUACAGAUGGUAUUGUAUCCGCCCGAGUACCCACUGCGACCCUCAACCCGCCCCACUUUGACGGGAUCGAGAGUAUUGUUUGGGGGAAUGAACAUCUUUAUAGCGGCUCCAGAGACGCCACCAUCAAGAAGUGGCAUCUCCAAACUAGGAAGGAGAAGGGGGCCCAGAGACCAGCACACAAAGACAGAGUCCAAGCUCUGGCCUACGUCCCAACACUAUCAGCCCUCGCCAGUGCCAGCAGAAACGGUACUCUCAAACUUUGGAACGAAGUGGGCUUUGGAGCUGCCGCCAAGACUGAUCAGAGCAAGAGUUUAAUCGUCGAGAUAAACGCACAUCCCGGAUCAUCUAUUCAAGACAUCGCAUACCACAACAAUCAUCUUUAUACAGCUUCUGGGGACACCACCGUUAAAGUCUGGUCUAUAAAAUGAAACUGUGUGUAGGUUGGAAGUUUGAGAUUAUAAAAGUUGACUGAGUGAACGAGUUUUUUUGCUGUUACAUAUGUUUGAAAUGUUUUGAGAGGAGAAAAACAUUGCUGUGCAAUGAAAAAUGAGGUGAAUCCUCAG